AUGCCGCCCUCAAAGGCCAGCUGUCCAGAUGAUGAUGAGCAGCUUCGCGCCUUUCGGGCAUGCCCCGUCCUCAAGCCAGAGCCUUUUGAAGCUUGGCUACCUGACGUCAUGUGGGCUGCCCAUAUGCUAGCUGACACAUUGGCAGUUUGUUGGGAAUGGGGCUUACUGGCUCUGUUGACUGUGGCUUCCGGCUUAGUCCCGGAGGAUCGUUUCGAGCCAGCUCCAUCCAUCAGCAUCCCGUCUUCUUUGUGGGUUGUGCUGUUACAUCCGGGCGCAACCAACAGCUCCGGAGUCGUGCAAGCCAUCGCAACAUCCGUGGCAACUAUGUUCGACUGGCUGUAUGCUUAUGAAAACAACCGGGACCUUGCUGCGCAACGAGAGGAAGCCCCUCGUCGUCAACUGCUAGCAGGCGGUGGCUCCUUAGCGGCUACGGGCUUGCAGAUGAGUUUGCAACAAAAUCGAGGCGCAGCUUUGUCUGUGGAACCUGAAAUAGAACAAGUUCUUUCUUGGUUCACAGCUGAAAGCAGCAUUGACCGUGCCGCGCCUGCCAAGCUUUGGGAUGGCUCUGACUGGCACAGACCAGUGAUGGACAAAACCCGCGCCUUCACCGUCCACAAACCCUGGUUUGGCUGCUGCUCCGGUGGCCACAUCCCGGAAAUGCAUAAGGCCACUCUGCAGGAUGUCUUUGGCUUGCGGCAACGCGUCACCGCCGUCUAUGGUGCGCCCAAAUGGAGCACCAUUGCGGAGGUUCGCUCCGCUUGUGCCAAGCUCCCAACACAAAGCCACAAACCUGCGCAGUUCAUGGCGGGCCUUUGCUACCAAUUGCUGCGGUGGGCUGUCGGUCGGGACGGCAUGACCUUUAUACCCUGUCCUGGCGAUGGCGCGCAAGCUUUGGUGGAUGAAAAUUUUGAUGAACACAUGGCCAUGCAGCAGGAUGCUUUCUUGCAGCCAGGGAGACAUGAGGAAGCCAAGUACCAUGGAAAGCUCCGCACGAAAUUCAACCGUAUGGCUUUAGCUUUGCAUGUUCUGCAAGCAGUCUGCGCAGCCUGGCGCUCGACACAGGAUGCCACAGACAUCGCAGAUACAUGGGGCCUUAACUUCCAGGCAGAUGCGCAGAUCCCCAAGGACGUCUUUCAAUUUGCUUAUGCCUUCUGCGACCAUGCAGAAGCUGUGUGGCGACUUUUAGAUUUUGCGCGGACAGGGCAUGCUUUGCCAUCAGACCCAAGUGCUCAAGACAUCCAGUCCAGUCAGCUGCCUCUAGCCCCUCCGGAAAAAACAUAUGAUUUUGAAUCUUUGAUGACUGCGAUGCGUGGCAGCCAGCAUGGCCCUGGGAAUGACGACCUGGAUGCCAUCACAGAGUUGGGAGCGGCUUUGCCAGGCAUCUUGUUGCGCUUUGUGCAACGUCUGCCCUUGCAUGGCUUUACUCUGGCCAUCUUGCUGAAAUUCAUGGAGGCUGUCCUCAGCGUUGGUGUGGGCUCUUGGUUCUACUGGAACCAAUCUGAUGCCGCAAAGAGAAAGUUGGCCAAGAUUUGGAAGGAGCAUACACACUUUGGCGUCUUUCUUGCAUGCCUCAUGCUGCAAAGCUUAGGAGCCGCAGGUAGCAAGAUGCAGAUUAUCAGAUUGCAAUUCGCUGCGUGCAUGCUGGAGCCGACUGUUGUGGACGAGGUGCGCACGGGCACCUAUCGUCAGCUCUUUCAUCCGGAGCAGCUGAUCAGUGGCAAGGAAGACGCGGCAAAUAAUUUUGCGCGUGGGCAUUACACCAUCGGCAAGGAAAUUGUGGAUUUGGUGUUGGACAGAAUUCGAAAGCUCGCAGACAAUUGCACAGGAUUGCAAGGAUUCUGUGUUUACAAUGCCUGCGGUGGUGGCACUGGAUCCGGCCUUGGUUGCCUGAUGUUAGAGCGUCUUUCGGUGGAUUAUGGGAAGAAAAGCAAGAUCUCCUUCACAGUGUGGUGUUGCCCUCAAGUCGCAACCGCUGUGGUCGAACCCUAUAACACUGUGCUGUGCGUGCACUCCUUGCUUGAGCACACGGAUGUGACGAUCAUGUAUGACAACGAAGCUCUCUAUGAUAUUUGCCGAAGGAACUUGGACAUUGAACGCCCAACCUACACCAAUUUGAACCGGCUGAUUGCUCAGAUCAUCUCGAGUUUGACCGCCUCCCUUCGUUUCGAUGGUGCACUGAAUGUCGACAUCACCGAAUUCCAGACCAAUUUGGUCCCGUACCCUCGCAUUCAUUUCAUGUUGACCUCUUAUGCGCCGGUCAUUUCGGCGGAGAAGGCCUAUCAUGAACAGUUGUCGGUGGCAGAGAUCACCAUGUCCGUUUUCGAACCAGCCUCGAUGAUGGUGAAAUGUGAUCCUCGUCACGGCAAAUACAUGGCCUGCUGCAUGAUGUAUCGUGGAGACGUGGUGCCAAAGGAUGUGAACGCAGCAGUGGCAACCAUCAAGACCAAGCGCACCAUCCAAUUCGUGGAUUGGUGCCCCACUGGCUUCAAGUGUGGCAUCAACUAUCAACCACCUACAGUGGUGCCGGGAGGUGAUUUGGCCAAGGUCAUGCGUGCCUGCUGUAUGAUUUCCAACUCCACCGCCAUUGCAGAAGUCUUCUCGCGUAUCGAUCACAAGUUUGACCUCAUGUAUUCGAAACGUGCCUUUGUCCACCACUACGUGGGCGAGGGCAUGGAGGAGGGCGAGUUCUCUGAGGCACGUGAGGACUUGGCAGCCCUGGAGAAAGACUACGAGGAAGUGGGCAUUGAAACGGCCGAGGGUGAAGGUGAGGAAGAAGGCUACGGAGAUGAAUUCUGAGUCUCACCACUGGGCACGACAUCCAGGGAUCCCAAACUCAGGGAAGGCCAGGCGGAUUGGCACAGCUGAGCGAGGUGAGAACCCAA